AGUCCAAAUUUAUCUGCAAUUCAAUGUUUGUAUUAAUGUCAAUGUUAUGAUUCUUAUCCGGAUACACGCAGCAACAGUCAUGUGAUCUUGUGGGCCAAAACCUCAAACUCUUUGCAUCAUCUGUCCCUUCAUUACUGCUGCUCUCCCAAUUGUGUGCUGUAUCUUAAUUCUAAGCUGAGUAUAAAUUAGCAGUAGGGUUAAAGAUUUUUGCUUUUUUUUGUCAAACUGAAGGCUGCGUUGAGGAGAAAAAUGGCUGAAGCUCCUGCAGUCUUCAUUGGGAUUUUGGUGCUGUGUUGCUGGAUAGCGGUAGCUAAUGCAGAGUACAAGAUAUACCAAGAUCCCAAACAGCCCAUAAGUAAGAGAGUUAAGGACUUGUUGGGCAGGAUGACUUUGGAGGAAAAGAUAGGCCAAAUGACACAAAUUGAUCGACUCGUGGCCUCAGAGGAGGUUAUGAAGAAGUAUUACAUAGGCAGUAUGUUGAGUGCUGGAGGUAGUGGUCCACCUCCGACAGCGUCUCCUCAGACGUGGAUCGACAUGGUGAAUGGUUACCAAAAGGGCUCGUUAUCGACCCGUCUUAAGAUUCCAAUGCUGUUUGGGAUAGACGCAGUUCAUGGAAACAGCGCCGUCUAUAGAGCUACAAUUUUCCCCCACAAUGUUGGUCUUGGAGCUACAAGAGAUCCUGAGUUAGUGAAGAGAAUUGGAGCUGCAACUGCUCUAGAAGUCAGGGCAACGGGUAUUCCCUAUGCUUUUGCACCUUGCAUUGCGGUUUGCAGGGAUCCGAGAUGGGGUCGUUGUUAUGAAAGUUAUAGCGAAGAUCCAAAGAUUGUUCGAGCAAUGACUGAGAUCAUACCUGGAUUACAAGGAGAUAUACCUGCUAAUUCUCGUAAGGGUGUUCCCUUCCUCGCUGGACAGCAAAAGGUUUUAGCUACUGCAAAACACUAUGUUGGUGAUGGCGGAACCACCAAAGGCAUCAAUGAGAAUAAUACAGUGGCAAGCAGGCAUGAUUUGCUGAGGAUUCACAUGCCGGCAUACUAUGACUCAAUCAUCAAAGGUGUGGGAACGAUCAUGAUCUCCUACUCGAGUUGGAACGGUGUAAAGAUGCACGCUAACCGUGAUCUCAUCACCGGAUUCCUGAAAAAUACGCUGCGUUUCAGAGUAAACCCAAUUUUCAUUGGAAACUUGUGGCUUAGGAAAGAUAAACAGAAUGAAAAAUCUCAGUUUGUUUGUGAUUCAUUUCAGGGAUUUGUCAUCUCAGACUGGCAGGGACUUGACAGAAUCACAUCUCCGCCUCACGCGAACUAUACGUAUUCAAUUAUAGCUGGAGUUGGUGCUGGAAUUGACAUGAUCAUGGUUCCAUACAACUAUACCGAGUUCAUCGAUGGUCUAACCUCCCUGGUCAAAAAUAACUUUAUUCCCAUGAGCCGCAUUGAUGAUGCAGUGAAAAGGAUUUUGAGAGUUAAAUUCACAAUUGGUCUAUUUGAACACCCCUUGGCCGACUAUAGCAUGACCAAGUACCUGGGAAGUCAGGAACAUAGAGAACUGGCAAGGGAAGCAGUAAGAAAAUCUCUUGUGCUGCUUAAGAAUGGUGAAUCUGCAAAUAAACCAUUGAUACCACUUCCUAAGAAGGCAUCAAAGAUUCUUGUUGCGGGAACCCAUGCCGACAACAUUGGUAACCAAUGUGGUGGUUGGACGAUUCAAUUGCAGGGCCAGCCCGGCAAUGUUACAGUCGGUACCACAAUACUGACUGCCAUUAGGAAUACAGUUCACCCAGAGACAAAAAUCGUUUUCAACGAGAACCCACAUCCUGGAUAUGUUAAGUCCAACGAGUUCUCAUACGCCAUUAUCGUGGUUGGAGAACCACCAUAUUCAUUAACAUUUGGAGACAACACAAACUUGACGAUUCCUGAUCCAGGACCAAGUAUUAUAACAAAUGUGUGUGCUUCGGUGAAAUGUGUUGUCGUUCUUAUAACAGGCCGUCCAGUCGUGAUUCAGCCAUAUCUUGCACAAAUAGAUGCUCUUGUCGCUGCUUGGCUUCCAGGAACAGAAGGCCAAGGUGUUGCUGAUGUUCUGUUUGGUGACUACGGUUUUACCGGCACGCUCCCGCGUACAUGGUUCAAGACGGUUGAUCAACUCCCUAUGAAUGUUGGAGAUCAACACUAUGACCCGCUAUUCCCCUUUGGAUAUGGACUCAUCACAGAGCCUGUAAGGGGAAACUAAGUCUGCAUUGUUGGUUCACUGAGUGUGGCCAUUCCCCAUCCAGUGCAUAUUAUUAUGAGAUUUUAAUGCAAGAAUGAAAUGAGAAAGAAUAAAGAAGUAAUCAACGUUAUAUCA